CAGUGACACGGGGAGAUGACAUACAAAAAGAGCAGGACCUGAGAAAGGUUAGGCUGCAGUGUCCCUGCCCAUAACACAGGGUGUGGAGGACAUCUCAGCAGCCACGCCACCAUGGCUACCUGGGCCCUCCUGCUCCUUGCCGCCAUGCUCCUGGGCAACCCAGGUCUGGUCGUCUCUCGUCUGAGCCCUGAGUCCCAUGACCUGGCAACAGCCCACCUGGGUGACAAGGAGCAAUCCUGUCCAUGCCUGGCCCUGGAGGACCCCCAGGGUGAUCUGUUCACCAAAACACAGAUGCUGGGCUUCCGCUGCAAGACCUGUCUGAGGAUGAUCCAGACACUGAAGGACAUGGUGAAGGAGCCCACCGAGGAAGACAUUUCCGAUGCUGCGACCCGGCUAUGCAAGAAGGUGAAGUCACGAUGGCGUGACUUCUGCCUAAAGACCGUAAGGAAGUACCUGGGUAGAAUUAUCCAGGACAUCAUGGGCAGAAAAACUGCCCAGGAGAUCUGCGUGGACAUCAGGAUGUGCAAACCUUCUAUGGGUCCUCUCUGAGUCCUCUCGCCCUGUCCUGUGGAAGAAGCACAGGCUCCUGUCCUCAGAUCCCGGGAACCUCAGCGGACUCUGCUGGCUCCUCCCUUCCUCGCUUCAGAAUCCCCUCUCCAGUCUCCCUCUCCCGACUCCCUCUGCUGCCUUCCCCUCUCAGGAGAAUAAAAUGUCAAGCAAGAUUUUA